AUGCACAUUGAAUUGAUCGUCACCCUGGAUUCAGACCGACCAGCCAAGCGCGUGGAUCAUGGCCAUGGUGUCACGCCAGCUACUAGCGAUGAUCAUAUGAUGCAAGACGAAGACGUAGCGUAUAAUCCAUCUAACAAGAAGAGAAACAUCGAAGAGAUGAGUGGACAGGCUGAACCUGCUUCAGACCGACCAGCCAAGCGCAUGUAUCAUGGCUAUAAUGCCAUGCAGGCUAUUAGUGAUGAUCAUAUGAUGCGAGACGAAGCACAACCAAUCCAAGAAUUGGAUGAGGAGACAUCGGGGUACGCGGAACGAGUUAGAAACUAUCAAUUCCGUUUAACGUCUAAAAUCGACGAGAAACUAUACAACGAAUUCAAGGAAGCCUUUGAAACAGGUGGCAUGACUUUGGCGAAAGUCAUUCAUGACUCUCCACAACACGUUCGAUUGUGGGCUUUGAAUAUGUUAGAUACGGAAUUCAGAAGAACUAUCAUUGAUAUCAUGUCAGACAUGGAAACGAAUCGUGGACAUUUUGAUCCUGUAGGUGCUCUCCCAAAUAUCGUAACAGACUCGUUGCUCCACGAGUUUGGCAUGACAAAAACUUCUUGUGUUGUAUGCGAAGGCGGAUUUUGUAGGAGAAAGAAAAACCCUGUGGAUGUAGAGGAAGUUGUAUGGAAAGAUUGUAGACUACAUUUAAUGCAUCUUCAGUGUUUUCGUGACAAGGUCUCAGAAGGCAAGAUACCUGGCAAAGGCUUUUGCAAAUGCGUUAACUUUUUCUAG